AUGGCCGGGGCGCCGAGGGUCCGGUCCCUGAACAUCGCGGUUCCGGAGGCAGAGGCGAGGCCGGUGCUGCUGCCGGGGGGCAACAAGGCCAGGUCGGGCCCGGCUAACGCCCGGAAACCGUCGCCGAAGCCCCUGAGGAAGGCGGCGGAGCCGGCGGCGGCGGGGACGCCAGAGAAGCCUGUGGCCGCCACGACCAAGGCGGAGGAGGGUGCAAAGAGGAAUGCAGUCGGCGGGGGCGGAAGUGGCGCGCCCAAGGGUGCGUCCCCUGUGCCGUCGCCACGGCGCACACCGCCUGGGCCGCCGUCGAGGAGGAGCGACGCGCAGCUCCUGCAUCCGAGCUUGCCGCUCAGCGCGUCGUCUUGCUCCUCGGAUGCCUCCGCGGAGUCGGGGCCGACGGCUGCGUCGAAGCAAGGCAAGGCUGUAGGUAAGGCGGCAGAGAGCAAGCUCGUCGUGGUGGAGUUUGUUGUUCCGGUGACACCAGAGGUUGUGGAAGGGAAGAGGAGGUGCGCGUGGGCGACUCCAACCACUGAUGCUUGCUAUGUCACUUUCCAUGAUGAGGAGUGGGGGGUUCCCGUGCACAAUGACAGGAGAUUGUUUGAGCUACUUGUACUAUCUGGUGCAUUGGCUGAGCUUACAUGGCCUGAAAUUCUUAAGAGGAGGCAACUUUUCAGGGAAAUUUUCAUGGAGUUCGACCCUGCUGCUGUCUCUAAAAUAAAUGAGAAGAAGCUUGUGGCACCUGGAAGCACUGCCCAUUCUCUUUUGUCAGAGCAAAAGCUCCGAGCUGUCCUUGAGAAUGCUCGCCAGAUACUAAAGAUUGUUGAUGAAUUUGGAUCCUUUGAUCGGUACUGCUGGGGUUUUCUGAACCACAAGCCUAUAGUGAGCAAGUUCCGAUAUCCAAGACAAGUUCCUGUCAAGAGCCCGAAGGCAGAUAUAAUCAGCAAAGACAUGAUGAGAAGGGGAUUCCGAGGUGUGGGCCCAACGGUCAUAUAUUCCUUCAUGCAGGCUGCAGGUCUAACAAAUGAUCACCUGGUCAGUUGCUUCCGGUUCGAACAAUGCAAUGCCAUUCCAACUCUUUGCACGAGUGACAUUGACAGGGUAAACAUGAAGGCAGAUCCGAAAAAAGAUGAGAUGGCAACCAAGAUUUAUUGUGAAGAGAUUACCACAAACCCAGAGAUGUCAAGGACGAUUGAUGCUCUUAUCGUUUCGUAG